AUGGAUUGGUCAGAAUUGCCGCAACACAUUCUUCAUCACAUACUAAAUUUUGUUCCCACAAAGGAAGCAGCUCGAACAAGCAUCCUUUCAAAGACAUGGAAAAGCACAUGGGAUUCACGCUCCAAAGUGGAUCUAGAUCUAAAUAUAUUCGAGCCUUAUGAAGAGAAUUUCCCCGAAUUCGCGAGGAAAACCUUGGAAAGGUACGUUGAACAAGGUCUUGGAGUAGAAAGUUUGAAGCUAUCCUGGACGGCCUUGAUGAACAAUAAUGACCAUCAAAUAUUGGAUUCAAUGAAGCAGUGGAUAGACUUUGUAUUUGCCGCAGGUAACAACCUCAAACGACUAAUGAUCAUCUCCGGUUCUCCGUACAUGCUUAACUUGCGUGCUUCAAACACACUGGUAACGUUAAGUUUGUAUGACUGCAAGUUGGAGAAUAAUAAUAUUUCUGAAAACAUCAAGUUUCCAAGCCUCAAAAAUCUCAAUUUGCGAUUCACGUCACUAACUUCAGAUAUUAUUCACAAAAUAUUUCUCCGUGGAUCUCCUUUCCUUAAGAGCUUCUAUCUAAUUAGUUGUGACGGGCUAGAAAGUCUUGUGGUUUCAGGUCUAGUUUGGAUCACACAUAUUUUUGUCGAAUAUUGUCAGUCUCUCAGAAGGGUUGACAUACAAGCACCAAAUCUCCAAUGUUUCUCGUUUUUUAACCGGUCAAGAUUCCUUCAGAAACAUGACAAGUGUGAGAUUAAUUUAGGCAAUUGUGAUGCGAGUUUGAAAGAACUGACACUAGGGACAUUCGAAUUGCCAAGUGAUGAUAAGUGCUGGCUUCAAAGUAUGGUUUCUAGGUUUGUUUCCCUUGAGAGUUUGCAUCUUUGCAACCUCUAUAAUGCUAACAAGGAAGCUAUAAAGAUUUCUAACCCAAGCCUGAGGAGAUUAGUCAUCAGAAACUGUACAAGCUUCGAGGAUACCACUGUGAUUAAUGCUCCAAACCUGCGUUCGGUUGAGUUCCUUCUCAAUGGGUAUCCUUUCUAUUCUCUGCCCAAAUCAAAUAAAUUAUCACUAGUGCAAUUCUCUUCCGACCUCAAUAAUCAACCUGUCAAUGCCAUUUGGUUUCGCAAAUUGAAGGAAUUAUUUGCCGAAACAAGUCAUAUGGAAGAUACGCGCAUGAGUAUUCGAUGCAAUAAAAAGGACGAAUUUUAUGAGAAGCUACGUAUAGGAUGGUCAAAGAGACCGAGGUACUUGCCAGAUGCAGAACCGUAUGACUUGAAGAACAUUAAAAUCGAGAGCGUAAAUUUAGAACAAGACAUUGAUAUUAGAGAAGACAUUGAUGCUGCACUUUUACAAGCAUAUCGAGCAUUAUCAUUCAAGUUCACUAGAUUAAUUGACUUACCGUACUACAACAAAAGGUGCAGCGGCGAAAUUGCAGCAGAAGAACAUAGAAAAAUACUUGAAGCAAAAGAACAUAGAAAAAUAUUUAAGAGCACUAUCGGUGCUAAACGUCACCGCUAA